GCUCGUCGUCCUGUCCGGCUGUCCGGCUGUUGGUCUCUCUGUCGCGCGUUCAAGAAUCACGUCUCCAUCGGCCUGUGCUAUCCGAGAGUAACCGUCGAGCACCCUUGAGUACCAAACCAAUGUGGGGGAGACGGUGCGUCACGUCAACCAAGCGUCCGGGUGUGACUGCUCAGCCAUUACUAUUAUUGCCCCGUUCCCUCCGCCGCCCCUCCUCCCCCUCCGCUGCAGCUUUCUUUUCGCGUGCCUCCCACUUUCCCCGCCGCUCGCCUCUUCCCUCCUCGUCGCGUGCUCGCCCAUCCCGCUUGAUCAACCCUUUCGCUAUCCCAUCCCCCUUCGCGAGACAUUGUUCUUCGGAAAUACGUGCAAUGGCGGGCAAAGACAGAGAGAUUCUCCCCGACGUGGUGGCUCCCGUCAAUUAUCACGUUUCCUUAUUUGACCUCGAGCUGGGUGGCUCAUGGGCCUACAAGGGAAUCGUCAAGAUCGAUGCUCGAGUCACGAGUCCCACCCGGGAUAUUGUACUGAACUCCAAAGAGCUCGAGGUUCAGCAUGUAGAAGUCUUCGGAAAGGAUGGAGCUAAACUGGCAACGGCAUCCGACAUCACGUAUGACAAAAAGUCGGAACGAGUGACUUUCAAAUUCCCGAAUGAAGUCGCACCUUCCGACAUUGUGCUGUCCAUCGCCUUCACAGGCACCAUGAACAGCGCCAUGGCCGGGUUCUACCGAUCUAAGUACAGGCCAGUGGCAGAGCCGGGUGCCGACACCCCAAAGGAAGGCGAUUUCCAUGUCAUGUUAAGCACCCAGUUCGAAUCCUGCGAUGCCCGCAGGGCCUUUCCUUGUUUCGACGAGCCAAACUUGAAGGCCACCUUUGACUUCGAGAUCGAGAUUCCCACGGGUCAAACGGCUCUUAGCAACAUGCCCGUUGUGUCUGAGAGAGAGGGUAGCAGCCCUAACCUCAAAUUUGUUUCGUUUGAAAGGACUCCUGUGAUGAGCACUUAUCUUCUUGCUUGGGCCGUCGGUGAUUUCGAAUAUGUUGAAGCCAUGACGCAACGCCAGUACAAGGGGAAAAGCAUCCCCGUUCGUGUCUACACGACGAGAGGUCUCAAAGACCAAGCCCGUUUUGCUUUAGAGUGUGCUCACCGCACUGUGGACUACUUUUCAGAGGUCUUCGAGAUAGAGUACCCUUUGCCUAAGGCGGAUCUACUUGCCGUGCAUGAAUUCGCCAUGGGUGCCAUGGAGAACUGGGGACUGGUAACGUAUCGCACUACUGCCGUCCUUUUCGACGAGGGAAAAUCUGAUACGCGGUAUAAAAAUCGCAUUGCUUACGUUGUAGCACACGAGCUGGCUCACCAGUGGUUCGGUAAUCUGGUAACAAUGGAUUGGUGGAAUGAGUUAUGGCUGAACGAGGGCUUUGCCACAUGGGUCGGUUGGCUGGCUGUUGAUCACUUUUACCCUGAAUGGAAUAUAUGGUCACAGUUUGUCGUACGAAAUUCCCGAGCAUUCCAACUCGACUCGCUGCGAGCCUCUCACCCAAUUGAGGUUCCCGUGAAGAAUGCCCUCGAGGUUGAUCAGAUUUUUGAUCAUAUUAGCUACCUCAAAGGAAGUUCCGUGAUUAGAAUGCUGAGUGACCAUCUUGGUCGGGAGACAUUCCUGCGAGGAGUGGCCAUGUAUCUCAAGGCCCAUGCAUACGGCAACGCGACCACCAAUGAUCUUUGGUCGGCCCUCAGCAAAGCUUCCAAUCAGGAUGUCAAUAGCUUCAUGGACCCAUGGAUUAGGAAAAUCGGGUUCCCGGUCGUUACCGUCGCGGAAGAACCUGGACAGAUAAGCAUUCGCCAGGGUCGCUUCCUUUCUACGGGAGACGCGAAACCGGAGGAGGACGAGACAACGUGGUGGAUUCCACUAGGAAUCAAGUCGGGCUCAAAACUGGAGGAUGUAAACUCUCAGGCUCUGACCUCCAAAGCGGCCACCGUUCAGGAUGUUGGACAGGAUUCGUUCUACAAAAUUAACAAGGAUCUCUCGGGCUUUUUCAGAACCAACUACCCGGCAGAUCGACUAUCAAAGCUGGGUCAAUCUCUGGACCUGUUGAGUACCGAAGACAAGAUCGGUCUGAUUGGCGAUGCUGCUGCCCUUGCUACAUCUGGAGAGGGCACAACUGCAGCUUUAUUGGCCCUUUUGGAAGGCUUCAAGGCGGAAACAAAUUACCUGGUUUGGUCUCAAAUCUCCUCAUCACUCGCCAAUUUGCGCUCCGUCUUUUCUCAGAACGAAUCGGUGGCCAGGGGACUGAAGAGGUUUACCCUCCAAUUGGCAUCUCCCGCUGCUGAACGGGUUGGGUGGGAGUUUGAACCAAAUGAGGACUAUCUCACUGUUCAGCUCCGAAAGCUUCUAAUUGGGAUGGCUGGGGUUGCGGGCGAUGAAAGAAUCAUCGCGGAGGCUAAACGACGAUUCCAACUCUGGGCUAAAGGUGAAGACAAGAGCGCCAUCCACACCAACUUGCGCUCAGCAAUCUUCGGCAUUGCGAUAUCGGAAGGAGGUCGAGAUGAGUACAUGUCUGUCAAAGAAGAAUAUCUCCGGACCGAUUCCGUGGAUGGCAAAGAAAUCUGUCUGGCAGCACUUGGGCGGACCACCAGUGCGGACCUGGUCGAAGACUAUCUGAACUUUGUAUUUUCCGACAAGGUGGCCAUCCAGGAUGUACACAACGGCGCUGUUUCCCUGGCAGCAAACUCCAAGGCCCGGCAUCUCCUAUGGCAAUACAUGAGAAACAACUGGGAAAUGGUCGAGUCUCAAUUGUCAGCCAACAAUGUUGUGUUCGAGCGCUUUGUGCGGAUGGGGCUGUCGAAGUUUGCGGACCACCAAGUUGGAACCGAUAUCGCUUCGUUCUUCCAGAAACAGGAUACGAGUGCCUAUGAUCGUGCGUUGGUGAUCGUUUCGGAUAGCAUCCGCACGAAUGCGCGCUACAAAGAGAGGGAUGAAGCACUGAUUCUGGAAUGGCUUCAGACCCAUAAAUACGAGUAGGGCUGCCCCUUGAUGCGUCGGAGCAGGUAGGCCACAUGAACGGAAGAACUUGAACCUCGAUGUUGCCUGGGCAGUGACACCGAUACUAUACUAUCUUACUCCCUAGACCCUACCUAGAGAUAUGUAGGAUUGUUGAACCGGUGAGAAUUCCGCGGGUCAGCCUUAAAUCGGCUGGCCCCCAAAUUCCAUCAUCAUCUGCCUUCCCUUGUAGAGGAGCGUAUUAUUAUUGAAAGAUUCUCGUCAGCAGCCCAUGUGAUCCACUCCCAACGUCACGACACCGCCAGUUGAUAUCCUAUCUCGUGGAGGGG